AUGUUUUUAAUACUUUUAAUUGGAGCAUUCAUCGCCUCUUCCAAUUCAGCUGUAUACAAUGCGGCAUCUUCCAAGCAUUCCUCUGCACAUACGGGGUCACUGGCACCACGAUAUUUGCAUUCACAAACUGCUCAAAAUCCUUGGGAAUUUUUAGUAUCUGAACAACACAAGAUUUUAGCUGCACAAGUAUCUGCCCCGGAAGGAUCCUAUGCAGCUCCAGAACCAGCUCCAUCAUCCUACGCUGCCUCCCGCGCUGUCCAUAAAUCUCCCGCAGCACCUGCAUAUACACACUCUCCAUCAUCGUACGCUGGCUCCGAAUCUGCCCGAGGAUCUUACGCUGGCUCCAGCUCUGCCCAUAAAUCUCACCCAGCACCGGCACAUGCACACUCUCCAUCAUCGUACGCUGGCUCCGAAUCUGCCCGAGGAUCUUACGCUGGCUCCAGCUCUGCCCAUAAAUCUCACCCAGCACCGGCACAUGCACACUCUCCAUCAUCGUACGCUGGCUCCGAAUCUGCCCGAGGAUCUUACGCUGGCUCCAGCUCUGCCCAUAAAUCUCACCCAGCACCGGCACAUGCACACUCUCCAUCAUCGUACGAUGGCUCCGACUCUGUCCGAGGAUCUUAUGCAGCUCCAGCACCAGCUCCAUCAUCCUACGCUGGCUCCAACUCUGCCCAUAAAUCUCACGCAGCACCUGCAUAUACACACUCUCCAUCAUCGUACGCUGGCUCCGAAUCUGCCCGAGGAUCUUACGCUGGCUCCAGCUCUGCCCAUAAAUCUCACCCAGCACCGGCACAUGCACACUCUCCAUCAUCGUACGAUGGCUCCGACUCUGUCCGAGGAUCUUAUGCAGCUCCAGCACCAGCCCCAUCAUCCUACGCUGCCUCCAGCUCUGCCCAUACAUCUCACGCAGCACCUGCACAUCCACACUCUUCUUCAUCGUAUGCUGGCUCCAACUCUGUCCGAGGAUCUUAUGCAGCUCCAGCACCAGCUCCAUCCUCCUACGCUGGCUCCAGCUCUGCAUAUGCACACUCUCCAUCAUCGUACGCUGGCUCCGAAUCUGCCCGAGGAUCUUAUGCAGCUCUAGCACCAGCUCCAUCAUCCUACGCUGGCUCCAACUCUGCCCAUACAUCUCACGCAGCACCUGCACAUCCACACUCUUCAUCAUCGUACGCUGGCUCCGACUCUGUCCGAGGAUCUUAUGCAGCUCCAUCCUCCUACGCUGGCUCCAGCUCUGCCCAUACAUCUCACGCAGCACCUGCAUAUCCACACUCUCCAUCAUCGUACGCUGGCUCCGACUCUGUCCGAGGAUCUUAUGCAGCUCCAGCACCAGCUCCAUCCUCCUACGCUGGCUCCAGCUCAGCCCAUACAUCUCACGCAGCAUCUGCACAUCCACACUCUUCAUCAUCGUACGCAGCUGGCUUCGACUCUGCUCGAGGAUCUUAUGCAGCUCCAGCGCCAGCUCCAUCAUCCUACACUGUCUCCAGCUCUGCCCAUAAAUCUUACGCAGCACCUGCUCAUGUACCCUCUCCAUCAUCGUACGGUGGCUCANCAGCUCCAGCACCAGCUCCAUCAUCCUACGCUGGCUCCAGCUCUGCCCAUUAA